UGUGAUAUGGGGAGAGAUAGCGAUCGCCGACACUGACCCUUGGGAAGAGAAAGUGGCAGGCUCCAACCAAUCACAGACGCGCUCUGCAGACGGGACAUGCCCCUCGAUGGCCAAUAGCAGCCCGGGGAUCCUGAUGCAGCCUGGCUUGAAAGAACUAAUAAAUACUCCGGAGGAGGUUUCCUUUCACUCUGGAGCUGCCGCCUUUCCGUACAGGGAUCCGGACACUCAGCUCAACCACUGGACCUGCCUCUACCCCCACCCGGAUCUCAACCUGUCCAGGGACCUAUCUGGGACUUUCCACCCCAACAUGACAAGUCUGUCUGGAGCUGUGCCAAGGAUGAUGAGACCGGCUCCUGGACAGAACUACCCCAGGACUGGAUUCCCACUAGAAGUGUCCACUCCUCUAGGACAAGGCAGAGUGAACCAGCUCGGCGGUGUGUUCAUCAACGGCAGGCCUCUUCCCAACCACAUCAGACAUAAGAUAGUGGAGAUGGCCCACCAUGGCAUUAGACCCUGUGUCAUCUCCCGCCAGCUCAGAGUGUCCCAUGGCUGUGUGUCCAAGAUCCUGUGCAGGUACCAGGAGACUGGAUCCAUCAGACCAGGAGCAAUCGGGGGCAGCAAACCCAAGCAGGUGACCACUCCAGAUGUGGAGAAGAAGAUUGAAGAGUUUAAACGAGACAACCCGGGUAUGUUCAGCUGGGAAAUUCGAGAUAAAUUACUUAAGGACGGAGUUUGUGAUCGAAAUACCGUUCCUUCAGUCAGCUCCAUCAGUCGCAUCUUGAGGAGUAAAUUUGGGAAGGGUGAGGAUGAGGAUGACCUGGAGAGGAAGGAGCAGGAGGAGCAGGAGAAGAGGACGAAGCACAGUAUAGAUGGGAUCCUGAGAGAGAGAGCACCCUCAUCGCCUCAGUCUGAAGAAGGUUCUGAUAUUGACUCUGAACCAGACCUACCUUUGAAGAGGAAGCAAAGGAGAAGCAGAACCACAUUUACAGCAGAACAGCUGGAGGAAUUGGAGAGAGCAUUUGAGAGAACUCACUACCCUGAUAUUUAUACCCGAGAAGAACUGGCUCAAAGAGCGAAGCUCACUGAGGCACGAGUACAGGUAUGGUUUAGUAAUCGCCGUGCCAGGUGGAGAAAGCAAGCAGGAGCCAAUCAACUAAUGGCAUUUAACCACCUGAUCCCAGGGGCAUUUCCACCUUCAGCCAUGCCAUCUUUGCCUACCUACCAGUUAUCGGAAACAUCGUACCAGCCUACUUCAAUACCACAAGCUGUCUCUGAUCCUAGCAACACGGUACACAGGCCUCAGCCUCUCCCUCCGAGCAGUGUUCACCAAAGCAGCCAUCCAUCCAACCAUGAGAACAGCUCGGCCUACUGCCUGCCCAGCGGCCGCCAUGGAUUUUCUAGCUACACAGACAGCUUUGUACCCCCAUCCGGGCCUUCCAACCCUAUGAACCCCAGCAUUGGCAAUGGCCUUUCACCUCAGGUAAUGGGUCUUCUGACUAACCAUGGUGGAGUGCCUCAUCAGCCACAGACUGACUAUGCCUUAUCUCCACUAACUGGGGGUCUUGAGCCCACCACUGCUGUAUCAGCAAGUUGUAGCCAGAGACUAGAGCACAUGAAGAGUUUGGAUAGCCUAUCAACAUCACAAUCUUACUGUCCGCCAACCUACAGCACAUCAGGAUAUAGCAUGGAGCCUGUAACGGGAUAUCAGUAUGGCCAAUAUGGACAGAGUGCCUUUCAUUAUUUGAAACCAGACAUCGCAUAGGAUGACUGUCCCUCUGAUGGUGUUAUCUCCGGAAGUUUAGACAGGAUGGAUACUCUCAUCAAUUUGUAGCCCAAACUGGAGCUUAACUACAAAAUAAACAAAUAGACAAUUAUUGCUUUUCUAAAAGUGAAGUGCAAGAUAGGAAAUGCCACAAUCCAGACUGCUGUUCGGAGCAAACGUGGAUAGCUUGUGUGUCUGCUGAAAGGGCUGAUCUGGCCUUACAAAUUGAGCAUCCAUAUCUUGGGUAGAAGUCACCAACUGUUUGCGAAUCCACACAACUCUGGCUAACAAGUUACACCUUUUUUCAAGUCCCAGGCGAACUACUCAGAACAGUACACCAUCAUAGAAGACAAACCACCCAAUGCCAAAAAUUCUGAUGAUGACAAAGUUUGUGGAGCAAGUUGGGAGGAAUUAUUUUUAACUUUCUACCCUGUUUCAUAUCACAGUCAUGGGUUAGGAUAAGAAGACUUUUAUGUCACAAAUGACCACACAAAUGGACAUGGAACAGGAAAAAAAAUGUAAAACUCUGUGCCACAUGAUGCCCAGUCAUGAAGAAGUGUUGUCGUUGUGUGGCUUGAAUUGACUGUGUGGUUAACAUUCCAAUUGUUCAUGUAAUUAUUAUGAAGUGGAAUUAGCCACUUAAAAUUUAUGCUUGAUCUAAAUAGAAAAAAGUUUAUAAAGACUUAACUAGAAUUAAUACCCUACAUCCAAGAACUCUGAGAUGCAUUUUGGAGUGAUAAAUUCAAUAAAAAAACAAUAGGAUGAUCCAGCACCAAAUUUGGACUAAAUUAUAUCAAUUACCUGGCUGUCAACGUGCAAUACCAUACCUCACUUCAAUUUCCCUGUCAAUGAAUUUGUAUUUUGCUGCAGCUAUAUUUCAUUUAAAAAAAAAAACUUUCUAGACUUUGUUUGCCACUUUUCUAGAUGAAAAGACCACUUAAGCACAGUGAAAGGACAUUCCAUAAUUUUUUCUGUAUUUUGUUUACCUAUACUGAAUGUAUACCCAGUUGUGGAUUGAUGGCUGUUGUUGAACCUUAAUCCAACAAAGAAUGCCAGUAGUUCAACCGUAUUUGCCAAGCCACAAGUUGCUCCAGAGUUGAAAGAAAUCAUUCUGAAGCCAAGCCAAGUCAAGUGCUUAAGACAAUUUUUACAUAUGCCACCAAAUAAGUUACAGAACCAGGGAUUUUGUGUUACAUUUCGGGCUUAUCACAUGAAAUAUAGAGAAUAGUUUAACAACUUUAGCCAAACAGUGCUGAUGUAUAAAAACAUGGAGGAAAGAACAUAAGAAUGUCUCCCAUAGUAACCAAUCAGAUUCAAACUUCAGUCUUGUUAAUUUAAAAACAAUGAUUUUUGAAUCUGUUUGGUUACAAAAACAUUUGUGUUCCAUUUUUAUGCAUUAGCCCUUCCAUUUUAUUACAGAGGAGUAUUUCAUUUUUAUUAUGCUAAAUCUCCAAAAGUCAGCAAAAUAAACUGCUGCUCAUGCUAUGUAGGCGAUGGGCAUGCAUAAAUCAAACAACAUGUAGGUGGAGAUGCCUGUGAACCACUUUUAUUGCUAGAUGGGUAUGCAAUAAAAAGAAUUAGCGGAUUUUCUUGUAGCCAAAGUGAAAAGCUUUUGGCAGGGGGUUGAAGAGUUACAGUUUUAUUUAUUUCUUUGUUCUUUUUGUCAGGUAAAGCGAGGUAGAGCGCAAAAUACAUUCCUUCAAGAAUGAUGGGUAAUGAUUUAGGGGUUUAGAUAGGAUAGAUUUAGCGCUGAGAUUAUACUUUCGUCUUAGAGGUGAUGGAAGAAGUCAAAUUUUAUCUGUGUUGUAGCUGGUCUUACCGGCAACAGAUGCUGCAAUAAAUAUGUUUCAUGUAAAAAAAGUGCAGUAAAUAUUUACUAUUUAUAAUAAACUGUUAUAAAGAA